AUCCUCAAUUUUUAUUUAUCGUUUUUAUUUUUCCGAAAUUCUCGAUCGCCGAUCGACGGCAAAUCUCAGAGUUUUUUCCCGGCGAUUCAUUCCGGGAUGAUGUGAAUCGCCGAUUACUCAAUAACUUUCACUGAAACCAUAAACCCUAAAAGUUUACUGUAGUAAUACACCUUCUCGAUACGAAAAUCCACUUCGGGAUUCGUGCUUUUUGCUACCUCGAUUUGGUUCUUGAUCUGCUCGAACUCUGGAAGAAGAGCUUGCGGCGAUCUAUUUUAAGCCUUGUUUCUAUUUUCCCCCAAAAAUCUCAAUAAUGAUGAUCUUUUGGUGCUUGGGAAUGGAUUUUAGCUUGCGAGAACGGUCUUAGUUUCCUAUUUUGCAGAGCUGCUUUUUAUAUAUAUUGGCUUGGUUCUCUAUCUACAUGGAAGCAUACAGAGAGGAAGCUCUCAGAGUGAAACAGAUCGCCGAGAGAAGGUUUGCUGAAAAAGACUUCACGGCGGCGAGGAGCUACGCCUUGAAAGCUAGGUCCUUGUCUCCUGAUUUGGAAUGUUUAUCUCAGAUGGUUGCAACGUUUGAAGUCUACUUAGCUUCUCAGAGUAGAAGCGGUGGUCAAAUUGAUUACUACGCAGUUCUCGGACUAAAACCUUCUGCCGGGAAAAGAGAAGUGAAGAAACAGUACAAGAAGAUGGCUGUUUUGCUCCAUCCCGACAGGAACAAAUCCAUCGGAGCUGAUGGUGCGUUCCAUCUCAUUUCCGAAGCCUGGAAUUUCUUGUCCAAUGAGUUUAAUAAAAGUACGUUCUAUUACAAAAGAAAGAAGCAUAUCGACUCCACAGUGGUUCAGAAGCAUACCCCUGAGUACAUGUCUGCGACUGUGACCGGGACUGGAGGGUUUGAUCGGUUUCCGCAAUCUUCAGAGAGACUUGACACUUUCUGGACUGUAUGCACCUCAUGCAAAGUUCAGUACGAGUAUCUAAGGAAGUACGUGAAUAAGAGGCUUUCAUGUAAAAACUGCCGCGGAGCAUUUAUAGCUGUAGAAACUGGUCCAGCUCCUGUUAGUGCACCGUUUCAUUACGCGCCUCCAUCUCAUGCUCCUCCGAGUAAUGGCUAUAGCGCGCAUGGUUAUGAUGCUGUUGCACGUACGCCAACCAAUUCCACGUAUUUCUUAGGCCACUAUCCUGGCCAAGGUCAUGGAUAUGAAUACGCUACGAAUGGUUCUUAUGAAUGGAGCUCCUCAUACCCUGGAACAACCUCCCCGGGGAAUCUAGAUUUGAAGCGUGUUUCCUCAGUGUCCAAUGGCUAUCCUUAUAAGCACAGCAACUCGGUAGUCAGCCCGAUAAUAAGUAAAGUCAAAGAUGGUUCUAAUGGGACAUGCUCGAUGAAAAGCGCACCAGGUCGUCUUAGAUAUCCUAAUCCACCGAGCGUGUCUGCUCCUGCAAAUGCAAGUAAGGUCAGCAGACCUGGGAAGAAGAGCAGGGUUUCCUUGGAAUCGUCUGUUAAUGGAUUUCUUGAGAACCCUCUGAGAUCUGCUUCGGUAUCAAAGAUAACGAAUGCGGAUGCAAACAUGGAACAGGAUUACAAACUUCAUGGCCAAAGGCGGUGGUCUGCUGCGUCAGUGUUGGAUACACGGAAGCCAUUAAUUCAAAAGGCCAGAGGAGACAUUAAGCAAAGACUGGAGAUCUUGAGAUUGGCUUCAGAGGCGGCGGCAGCAGAGGACGCAACACCACUUGAUGAGAAAACUGUUGUCUCCUGUAAGUUGGGAGAUGCUACGGGACGCAAAACCAGUGGUCCAAUAACAGUUCCAGACUCCGAUUUCCAUGAUUUCGAUAAAAACAGAUCGGAGGAGUGCUUUGAGCCAAGGCAAAUAUGGGCAAUAUACGACGAAGAUGAUGGUAUGCCACGCUUGUAUUGUGUGGUUAGGGAAGUACUCUCUGUUCAGCCCUUUAAGAUUGACAUAGCCUACUUAAGCUCCAAGACCGACAUCGAGUUCGGUUCGAUGAAAUGGGUACAAUACGGUUUUACAAAGUCGUGUGGACAUUUCAGGAUACGAAACUCUGACAUAGUUGAACAAGUAAACAUCUUUUCGCAUCUUUUGAGAGGCAAGAAGACAGGGAGAGGUGGUUGUGUUCGAAUCUUCCCCAAAACUGGAGAGAUUUGGGCUGUCUACAAGAACUGGUCAUUAAACUGGAACGAAUCUACCCCGGACGAAGUGAGGCACCAAUAUGAAAUGGUCGAGAUCCUUGAUGAGUAUACCGAACAGUGUGGUGUGUGCAUUGUGCCUCUUGUUAAACUAGAGGGCUACAAAACAGUGUAUCACAGGAGCACAAGGGAUGAUGAUAAGAAGUGGAUACCAAGGAGCGAGAUGUUGGGGUUUUCGCAUCAAGUUCCAUCUUGGUUUCUUAAAGAUGCAACUAGCGGUUUUCCUGGAAACUGUUGGGACUUAGAUCCGGCUGCAAUCCCUGAGGAGCUGCUUCACAUCUGAGCAGGAACCGAUUGAUAUCAAGAAAGAGGGCUUUAGUUGAGUCCAAGUGUAAGAGUUGUAUCAGCUAAGAAUCGACAAAAAGACUGGAGUUUUAUGAAGGACUGUUGUUAACACGCAAAUUGUUCUGUUUGAUCACUGAAGCUGUUGUAUUAGGCAAUGUUCAACGAGUAAGCAAAGCAUAGUUUGACUUUUGUUUGCUCUGUUUUCUUCUAUUCUACGAUUCUGUAUUCGUUUCUUUGUUGACCUUAGUGAUGACAGAAUUUUUACAGUAGAGUUAUAAAUGUAGCAAUUUAUAUUUCCA